AUGUCAAAGGUCAACAGUUCCAGCCUGACACCAAAAUAUUUUAUUUUAAAUGGGGUCCCUGGUUUGGAAGCUGCACACGUUUGGAUCUCCCUGCCCUUCUGCUUCAUGUACAUCAUUGCUGUUGUGGGGAACUGUGGGCUCAUCUACCUCAUCAAUCAUGAAGAGGCCCUGCACAGACCCAUGUACUACUUCCUGGCCCUGCUUGCCUUCACAGACAUCACCCUGUGCACCUCCACUGUACCCAAUAUGCUGUGCAUAUUCUGGUUUGACCUUAAGGAGAUUGACUUCCAUGCUUGCCUGGCCCAGAUGUUUUUUGUUCACAUGCUGACUGGGAUGGAGUCUGGGGUGCUCAUGCUCAUGGCCCUGGACCGUUAUGUGGCCAUCUGCUACCCCUUACGCUAUGCCACCAUCCUGACCAACUCUGUGAUUGCCAAGGCUGGCCUUGUCACCUUCUUGAGGAGUGUAAUGCUCAUUAUCCCCUUCACGGUCCUCACAAAGCGUCUGCCUUAUUGCAGGGGUAAUUUCAUUCCGCACACCUACUGUGACCACAUGUCUGUGGCCAAGGUGUCCUGUGGCAAUUUUAGGGUCAAUGCUAUCUAUGGCCUGAUGGUUGCCCUUCUAAUCGGUGUGUUUGAUAUCUGUUGUAUAUCUGUAUCAUACACUAUGAUUUUGCGGGCAGUGGUGAGUUUAUCAUCUGCAGAUGCUCGUCACAAAGCCUUUAGUACCUGUACAUCUCAUAUAUGUGCCAUUGUGAUCACCUAUGUCCCAGCUUUUUUCACUUUUUUCACUCACCGCUUUGGAGGACACAGUAUCCCUCACCACAUCCACAUUAUUAUAGCCAAUCUCUAUCUGCUACUGCCCCCUACAAUGAACCCCAUUGUAUAUGGAGUAAAGACCAAACAGAUUCGAGAAGGCGUGAUAAAAUUUUUAUUUGGAGACAAAGCUAUCAUUACCCAAGAAAAAUCAUGA